AUGGCGAGCGAAGUAAGAUCUGUUUGCAGCCCCUCACCCCACAACGAUCUUAACAAUUUACUACAGGAAGUGCUCACCUCCGAGCGGAAACCACGCAAGUCGGUGGCAUUCAGCGAAGGAACCACAGUUGUCGAUGAGAACGGCGCAGUCACAAUGAAGGAAGAUGGUCACGAUGACACCAAGGACACGGCGCUAUCGCAUUCCCCAACCCUCAACGACGAACCCAAGAAUGACGAGGAUGACGUCGCCAAUAUGUUAAAGAGCAUGAAGAAAAAGAAGAAGAAGACCAAGACGGAGGACGCUGAUGCUGAUGCUGAAGGUGGCGAUGCCGAGGCUGCUGCGGCGGAUGGCGGUUUAGACCUUUCAACGAUGAAGAAAAAGAAGAAGAGCAAGAAGCCCAAGGAAGGUACCGAGGAUGAAUUCGCGGCCAAGCUUGCAGCUCUCGAAAUUGAAGGCAACGAAGGCGAAGGUGAAGCUACACCAGCAGCGGCCACACCGGUUGAGGAUGGCGAUAUGGAGAAGGGCACUGGGAUCUGGGCACACGAUGACACCAAGGCCAUUAGUUACGAACUCCUGCUCUCCCGUUUCUUCACCCUGCUUGCACAAAAGAACCCAGAUCACGCCUCGAGCGGCUCCCGAAGCUAUAAGAUCCCUCCUCCCCAGUGUCUGCGUGAAGGCAACAAGAAGACGAUUUUCGCCAACAUUGCUGAGAUCUGCAAGCGCAUGAAGCGAACCGACGAGCAUGUCACUUCAUACCUGUUUGCUGAGUUGGGUACGAGCGGUUCCGUUGAUGGAAGCAGACGUCUAGUUAUCAAGGGUCGAUUCCAGCAGAAGCAAAUUGAGAACGUGCUGAGGAGAUAUAUCAUGGAAUAUGUCACCUGCAAAACUUGCCGAUCGCCAGAUACUGAACUCAACAAAGGAGAAAACAGAUUGUACUUCAUCACCUGCAACUCUUGCGGUUCCCGACGAAGUGUUACUGCUAUCAAGACCGGUUUCUCUGCCCAAGUUGGUAAGAGACGCAGACAGCAGGGUUAG